AAGACUCAGGAAAGUAAAAACAAGGGAAAGAAGGCAGCAGAUACAAAACAGAAAAAGGCUGAUUUGGAUUCUGCUUCUGCAGAUAUGAGGGAUUCUAAAGAGGGUCAUAAAGAGGAAGAUGAAACACCUUCUGUUUCUGCUGUACUGUCCCUGGAACAAACAGCUGUGAUUCAGGAAAUGGUAAAUCAAGAUGUACUUCCAAAGCUGAUGAUCCCCAGUCCUACCAGUGAACCUCAAAUGGUGACUGAAGACAAACAAGGAGAAGCAAUAAACUGUAUAUCAGAUGAUUUAGAUGAUGAGGAAGAGGAGGAGGAGGAUGAUGAUGAUGAAGAAGAGGAAGAUGAAGAGGAGCUAGUAGAUACCAAUAUGCUUAAAGAAAAUGCUGAAAUGCCUUUGAUAUGUGAAGAAAAGUUAGAUUCUAUGGAAGAGCAAAAGAGUAUGUCAGAAGAAUCUCCAGAAAGCUCUCCAAAGAAAAAACUUGUUGUGAAAAUUCCAAAAGCCAGGGGUGAAUCGAAUGGUGAUGUUCAGGAAACAUUCAUGUUUCCCUGUCAGCAUUGUGAGAGGAAGUUUACAACAAAGCAAGGACUUGAACGCCACAUGCACAUCCAUAUAUCUACUUUUAACCAUGCUUUCAAGUGUCGAUAUUGUGGGAAAGCCUUUGGUACUCAGAUUAACAGGCGAAGACAUGAGCGACGCCACGAGGCAGGGCCAAAAAGGAAACCAUUCUUAACACUAACGUCAUCACAACACUUGGCUAAUGUUGCUGAUAACCAGGUAAUUGUGGGUGAUGGUCUUAAAGAUGACCUGAACGUUUCCAGUCUUGUGCAAGACUCUGUUGUCUUUGAUUCUGAGAAAGUUUCCCAAGAAAUGUCAAACUCUGCUUUUGCUGAGGAAAAUAAGGAGCCCAAAGAAUUGCAUCCAUGCAAAUACUGCAAAAAGGUUUUUGGAACUCACACCAACAUGCGGAGGCAUCAGCGUAGGGUUCAUGAGCGUCAUCUCAUUCCCAAAGGUGUCAGAAGAAAAGGAUUCUUUACUGAAGAGCCACCGCUUCAGACAGAGCAGGCCCCACCAGUCCAAAGUGUAUAUAUAGCAAGUACAGAAAUAGAAGAGGAAGGUGAAGUAGAUGAUGUCUAUAUUAUGGAUAUUUCCAGCAAUAUCUCUGAAAAUUUAAAUUAUUACAUUGAUGGUAAAAUUCAGUCCAACAGCAGCACUAGCAACUGUGAUGUGAUUCAGAUGGAGUCCAACUCUGCAGACUUGUAUGGACUGAACUGUAUAAUCAGUCCAGUCACGGUGGAAAUCUCCCCAGCUAUAAAGGUUACACAAACACAUGUGAGUGAACCUCCCAAGGAACCCUCUAGCAGUGGGAGCAAUGAAUCUAAAAAGAGAAGAACUGCCAGCCCUCCUCUUGUACCAAAAAUAAAAACUGAAACAGACCCAGAACCUAUAACUCCUACUAGUUCUUUAAAUCUCCCUCUUAACAUUUCAACAGAAAGCUUACCUUUUCAUAAAGAAAAAGGUGUUUAUUUGUCAUCAAAAUUAAAACAGCUUCUUCAGGCACAGGACAGUAAGAAGAUAACUCCGUCAAGCGAAAUCCCUAAACUAGGACCUUCUGUUACAUCAUCGCCUAUUUUGCCUCCAGUAUCCAGCAGAUUUAAAAGAAGGACCAGUUCUCCUCCCAGUUCUCCACAGCACAGUCCAGUACUUCGAGACUUUGUCAAAUCAGGUGAGGGAAAAACUGUGUGGAGUGAUAAUACUCGGAGUUCAAAAAUGCCAAUGUUAGAAAGCCACAGCAACUCACCUGCUUGGAGCUUGACUGGAAGGGAGGAAAAAGAGACUUUGAGCCCUCUUUGCUUUGAAGACUAUAAAAUAACAAAAGACUGGACAGGAGCUCCAACUUUUGGCAAUGUGUGCAACCAGCAGCCACUGGAUUUGUCUAGUGGUGUGAAGCAAAGGUCUGACGUCAAAAAUAAGAAUCAGGUUCCCUGGGAAUCUGUUUUAGAUUUAAGUGUGCAUAAGAAGCCUUGCAGCGAUGCUGAAAUUAGGGAAUAUAAAGAAAAUUCCAUACAGCCAACCUGUAGUGGUGUUAAAAAGAAGAAACCAACCACUUGCAUGUUGCAGAAGGUUCUGUUGAACGAGUAUAAUGGAACGGAUGCAGCCACAGACAGCACACUCAGUGUGAACAGGAGCGUGAGCCCAGGCAAAUCCCUGGAGCCUCAGGCAGAACCUGAUGUGGAUCCCAGUCUAUCUGCCUCGACUUCUGUUGACACUCAGCCCCUUAGUUCCUCUGUUACCCCUGUGCCACAGGCAUCUGCUGUACCUUCCAUGUGCCAGCUGCCUCCUUUGUUAACACCAACCAAUCCUCCUUCCCCACCGCCCUGCCCGCCUGUGUUAACAGUUGCUACAUCACCUCCUCCCCUUCUUCCAACAAUGCCAUUAUCAAUUCCAGAUGCCUCUACCAGUGCCACUAACACUUCUUUUUGUCCGUCGCCACUUUCUAACACUACUACCCAGUCCCCACUACCAGUUCUUUCACCUACGGUUUCUCCUUCUCCGUCUCCUGUUCCUUCUGGUGAACCUCUCAUUUCUGCUGCUUCACCUGGUCCACCUACACUCUCUUCCUCGUCUUCCUCCUCAUCUUCCUCCUCUUUCUCCUCAUCUUCGUCAUCUCCAUCUCCACCUCCUCUUUCUGUAGUUUCUUCUGUAGUUUCCUCUGCUGAUAAUCUUGAAAACACUCUCCCAAUAAUAAAACAGGAAGAAGCUGAAAAUGAACAACAGAAAGCAAGAGAAGAUCCUCAUAUUUCAAGUGAAUCAGGAGUAGUGCAGGAAACAUUCAAUAAAAGCUUUGUGUGCAAUGUCUGUGAAUCACCUUUUCUUUCUAUUAAAGACCUGACGAAGCAUUUAUCCAUUCAUGCUGAGGAAUGGCCCUUCAAAUGUGAAUUCUGUGUACAGCUUUUUAGGGAUAAAACAGACUUGUCGGAACAUCGCUUUCUGCUUCAUGGAGUAGGAAAUAUCUUUGUUUGCUCAGUCUGUAAAAAGGAAUUUGCUUUUUUGUGCAAUUUGCAACAGCAUCAGCGGGAUCUCCAUCCGGACAAAGAGUGCACACAUCAUGAGUUUGAAAGUGGGACUUUAAGACCCCAGAAUUUUACUGACCCCAGUAAGGCGAACAUGGAGCACAUGCAGAGCCUGCCAGAAGAUUCUUUGGAACUUUCUAAAGAGGAGGAGGAUGAGGAUCUAAAUGAUUCCUCUGAAGAGCUUUAUACUACUAUAAAAAUAAUGGCAUCUGGAGUAAAAUCUAAAGAUCCAGAUGUGCGUAUGGGCCUCAAUCAACACUACCCAAGCUUUAAGCCACCUCCAUUUCAGUAUCACCAUCGUAAUCCUAUGGGUAUCGGAGUUACUGCAACAAACUUCACUACCCACAAUAUUCCACAGACUUUUACUACUGCCAUUCGAUGCACAAAAUGUGGGAAAAGUGUUGAUAACAUGCCCGAGUUACACAAACACAUACUGGCCUGUGCAUCUGCCAGUGACAAAAAGAGAUACACACCUAAAAAAAAUCCAGUACCGCUGAAACAGACAGUGCAGCCCAAGAAUGGCAUGGUGGUUAUAGCUGGCCCUGGAAAGAAUGCCUUCAGACGAAUGGGGCAGCCUAAAAGACUCAAUUUCAAUGUUGAGAUUAGCAAAAUGUCCUCAAAUAAACUAAAAAUAAGUGCAUUGAAAAAGAAAAACCAGCUUGUCCAGAAAGCUAUCUUGCAAAAAAAGAGAUCUGCCCAGCAGAAGGCAGAAUUGAAAAAUAAUCCAUCUGAGUCAGACUCUCACAUCUGCCCCUAUUGCAAUAGAGAGUUUACUUAUAUUGGAAGUCUGAAUAAGCACGCGUCAUAUAGCUGUCCCAAAAAACCCAUCUCUCCCUCCUCUAAAAAGAAUCCUUCCAAAAAAAGUGCAAGUUCUUCUUCACCUGCAAGCAGUGAAAAAGGCACCAGCCAGCGUAGGCGAACAGCAGAUGCAGAAAUCAAAAUGCAAAGCAUGCAACCUCAUUUGGGCAAGACACGAGCACGAACCUCAGGCCCUGCACAAAUCCAGCUUCCCUCUGCAUCCUUCAAAUCAAAACAGAAUGUUAGAUUUGUACCUCCCAUUCGAUCUAAAAAGCCAAAUUCUUCUUCAUCAUUGAGGAACUCUAGUCCUGUAAGAGUAUCCAAAAUGUCCCAUGUUGAUGGGAAAAAAACUAAGGUGGUAGCUAAGAGCAGUUCCUCUGGAAUUGCAAGCAAAGCGCCCCGGAAAUUGCACGUCAGAAUACAAAGGAGUAAUAAAGCUGUUUUGCCAAGUAAGUCUGCUGUGGCAAGUAAGAAAAAGGCAGACAGAUUCGCUGUAAAAUCUAGAGAGAGGAUUGGAGGACCUAUUACACGAAGCCUGCAGCAGGCAGCAAAUGCAGAGGCAGCAGAAAGCAAAAGAGAUGAAAGCAGUACAAAGCCAGAACUAAAAGAUUUCAGGAAUCUCCUGUAAAAACAAAACAAACAAAAAAAUCCCUUAAUGACAUGGUAGAGCUGUUGCAUGCUCCACUUAGGAUAAGCACUACGACAAUGGAUGUGAAAUCCACCAAGCUUGCGA